GCCCUGGCCGGCGGGCAGAGAGGCGGGACCCAGCCGCUCCAAUGGACCCUGGGGGCAUCUUGAAGGCAUUUCCCAAGCGGAGGAGAAUCCAUGCCGGUCUGGCCUCGAAGGCACUUGCCAAAAUCCCCAGGAGGGAUGUGGGAGAGGCAGGAGAGUGGCUGAGCUCCCUGCGGGCCCACGUCGUGCCCACCGGCAUUGGACGCGCCCGGGCGGAGCUCUUCGAGAAGCAGAUCGUCCAGCAUGGUGGCCAGAUCUCCCCAACCCCGGCUCCCGGUGUCACACACAUUGUGGUGGAUGAAGGAGUGGCCUGGGAUCGGGCUUUGCGCCUCCUCAGGCUGCCCCGGCUACCUCCCGGCGCUCAGCUGGUGAAGUCUGCUUGGCUGAGCCUGUGUCUGCAGGAGAGACGGCUGGUGGACGUGGCCGGGUUCAGCGUCGUGGACCCCAGCAGGGGCCCGCAGCCCAGCACGGCACACUCCGGCUCCUCCUCUCCUCCCGGCGCCCACGAGGUUCUUCCUGAGACAGCCCUUCCUCCGCUGCCUCCUCCCGCGGGACCCUCAUCUCCUCCCCGCAGGGCGAAAGAGGCGCCCGGCACCCAAGCCCAGCCCGCCUCUGAUGAAGAAAGCAGUGACGGGGAAGAGAGCCGGGUUAGCGCUGACGAUCUGGAAGCCCUAGUCAGUGGCCGCUACCCGCCCUCCCUUGAGGGAGACGGUGAUCCCGGCCCAGCCCCCAAGGGCCUGGAUAAGUGGGUCUGUGCACAGCCCUCCAGCCAGAAGGCGACCAACCACAACCUGCACAUCACAGAGAAGCUGGACGUGCUGGCCAGAGCCUACGGCGUCCAGGGGGACAAGUGGAGGGCCCUGGGCUACGCCAAGGCCAUCAACGCCCUCAAGAGCUUCCCCAAGCCUGUCACCUCCUACCAGGAGGCCUGCGGCAUCCCGGGCAUCGGGAAGCGGAUGGCCGAGAAGGUCUCGGAGAUCCUGCAGAGCGGGCACCUGCGGAGGCUGGACCACAUUGGCGACAGCGUGCCGGUGCUGACACUCUUCUCCAACAUCUGGGGAGCCGGGGCCAAGACGGCCCAGAUGUGGUACCAGCAGGUCCGGGAGGCAGCGCAGGCCUUGCGCCCCGGGCUGCUGUGCGUGGCGUGCGGCUCGUACCGACGGGGGAAGGCGACCUGCGGGGACGUGGACGUGCUCAUCACCCACCCGGACGGCCGAUCCCACCAGGGCAUGUUCGGCCACCUCCUGGACAGCCUUCGGCGGCAAG